AUGGCCCUGCUUGGUGGCUUGCUGCUCCUCUCGCCCGCCCAAGCCAUUGGCGUGCAAGGGCUCAGUGCCUCUUCGCCACUUUACUUCCAAAACUACAGCGUUUCGGUAGUUUUGCAGGGGGGCCUGUCGCAAGAGGUCGCUGGAACAAACCUGGCGACUCGGCUCAUCCGACUUGUCUGCAUGUGCCUUGUUGCAUCGACCGCGCAGCCGCAUGUUGUCAUUCUGCCUCUGGAUGUGGUGUUUGACAAAGUCGUUGAGGUGAUUAUAUCCUUCAGCAACUACACGGUACCUAGUUCCCCGACUGCGCUCAUUGGUGUGGAGCUGUACGGGGAUGGAGUUAUAUGUCACGACUUUGGUCUCGAUGCGGCUGGCACUUAUGCCACCAACAACACAUAUCAAGUACCUGCCAACUGGAGCAUUACGACCGAUGACACGACGAUUUCGGUCGGCGUUGGUGAUGUCGUCUGGAACAGCAGAACCAUACAAGCUUUGACGGUUGAUAAUCUUGGGGCCAGCGAAACACUGGAUCUGGUCUUGUCCGAUCUAGCACCCGCCAUUCGAUUUGCCGGGGACGGCCCAGUGGUGUGGCAAACUUUGCUGUUGCUGCGCUCUAUUGCGAGGGAGUUACGGCCGGUGCGUAUUGGCGCGCGGCGUCUUCUUUUCGCCAGUGGCGCACAUUUUUUUUAUACUGUAGCCCAUGAGCCCAUGAGCCCUCAUUGUUUCCUUCCUGUUGCGUUGUGUAAUUCCUGCCGCGAUCACCCACGCGCGGCGUUAGAUUGCAACAACACGGGGACCUACUUCAACACGAGUUUGGGGCUCUGUCUGAACUGUGAUGGCAGCACCAACUAUCAAGACGAAGUCAAUCAAACAGCGUGCAAGCCCAUGACGACCUGUACUUUGGCCCAGUACCAGUCGGUUCCUGGACAAAGCACGGCCGACCGGAGUUGCGCGGCUCUGCUCAACUGUACGAGUGAACAGUAUGAGAGCGAGAGCCCGACUGUUACUUCGAACCGCGCCUGUGCGGACUUGGAGCAUUGUGGGGCCGGAUCUUAUGUGAGCGUGGCCGCAACUGCGACGUCGGAUCGUGAGUGCGCGGCCUGUGUUGGAGGAUAUUCGGUGGCAGCGAAUGCAGGCAGCUGUACUGCGUUUAGCAAUUGUAGCAGUGGGACAGAGUAUGCGAGCUUUUCUGGCAAUGCCACCGCGGACCGGCUGUGUGCUGCAGUGACAGUCUGCAGGGAAAGCGAGUAUGAGUCGUUGGCACCGACGCCGACAACGGAUCGGCUGUGCAUGGCGGUGCAAAACUGUUCGGCUGGCUUUUACAUCAGUGUUGUGGCAACUGCCACCAGCGACCGCACCUGCGCACGCUGUGAGAUUUGUUCGGACGGGGAGACGGCUCGCUAUGAUUGUGGACCAACUUCUGAAAGGGAUUCGGAGUGCAUGGCCUGUCCGGAGAACUGCGAUGCCUGUACGUAUGAGAGCGAGGGCGAUGUGGUGGUAUGCACGGAAUGUGCGAUUGGUAUUGACGCUUAUCCCAAUGGCACUUGCCCUGGCGCAUGUCCAGCCGAUUACGUCGCCGACUUUACCCCCUGCUUUGCUUGCGGGGAAUCAUGCUACACAUGUGACCUUGCAGGCUGCCUGUCGUGCUUCAACAAUGCCAGCCGUGUUCCCAAUAAUGGACGAAGCAUUCCGGCUGACCCAGCCCAGUACACGUACUUGGCGACGGGAAGUGCGUGUGUUUCGACUUGUCCGAACGGCCAGUUUGCGAACAUGGGGACGGGUCGGUGCCAAUCUAUUCGGACGUGCGGUGCUGGGACUUAUGUGGUGGCGUCGCCGACGUCGACCAGUGAUCGUGAGUGUGCGCCCUGUUUGGGUGGGACGUUUAGCACGGCGGUCAACCAGCCCAUUGAGACGUGCGUGCCUUGUCCGGCAGGGUCGACUGACGCGGACAAUGAUCCAACGACACCUUGCAAGGUUUGCGGCGGCGGGCGGUACCUUGAUCCCUCCGUCCUGCGAACAGAGGGGUGCGAUGCUUACCUCUGUGCAGCCGGGACCACGGACGACGAUGGCAACGUGAGCACGGCCUGUGUAGCUUGCAGUGCGGGGACGUACCUGAAUGCCGCAACGGAGCGUGUUGGGCCGUGUUCAGCGUUUGCGUGUGCACUCGGAGCCACGGACGACGACAGCAACGUCAGCACGCCCUGUGUUACUUGCAGUGAGGGGGCGUUCCUGGACCCCUCUGAAGUGCGGACGGGACCUUGCAGCGACUAUGCGUGCGGUGCGGGCACCACGGACGCGGACGCCAAUGUCAGCACACCUUGCGUAACCUGUGACCCUGGGACGUUUCUGGCCGUUGACGAGGUUCAUGUGGGACCAUGCACCAAGACGAGCUCUUCAUCGGGCGGCAGUGCUGUGAUUAUUGGGGCUGCUGCCGGGGGGGUUGCGUUUAUUGUGAUUGUGGUGGUGGUUGUGUGCUGUUGCUGCGGGAGCGGGGCACUGGCCAAGCGCGGCAAGGACAAGCCUAGCGGCAACGAUCUCACGAUGCAUCAGAACCAGAUGUUCUCGGCUGGGGAUCGACGGAACAGGCAUAUUCGCAAGUCAAUGAUCUCUCAAACUCUCAGAAUGGCGGAGCCGAUGGAAGCCGAAACCGACCCUUGCGUUCACUUCAAUUUGACCACGCUGGUGGGUCCGCAUAAAAAUUGUCACGUCCACCGUGCCGAGUCUGUGCUUGAACUGAUCGUGUUGCAUCGGACUUGA